GAUAGAUGAUUCCUUGGUAAUUAACUAAGCAUCAAAUGAAGAUGAAUUUUCUCCAUGCCAAAAGGAUGCACGGAAUUUACCAACAGCACAAUAAUUAGUGGUGUCUAGGAGCAAUCAUCUUUGCGAUUGAUCUGCCAUUUGCUGCAGCAUCGAGCGCUCAAAUCACGACGGAAUGCCAUGGUGAGGGCCCAUCCCAGUUCCCUCGGAGCAACCUGUUCGCAGCGGCGGGCGACUAACUACGGGACCAGGGGGGGCAGCGUGCGGCGGGGAGUACGUGGUGCGGUGCAUCAGCGCGGCGCAGACUUGGCCCUGACCCUGUAACCUGCAAACCCAGAACUUUCUCCAGAUCAAGAUCGUCCACUACGCCCUCUCGUCGACGUCCGGCACCGCCGCGUACGAGCAAUCCGUCGCCGGCGCUGCAUUGGUCCCGUCGGAGACCGCUUUUCAAGCCGUUGCCAAUUCGUUCGGGGGGCUUCGAUCGUGGUCGAGUUUCAAGAGUAAGCAACGUCAUUUCUUCGGCUUCUUUCUGUUCACUUGAAUCUUGCGGACGGAACACUCGAUGCCGGCGGCGGUGGCGUAAGAGAGGUUGCUGGGGUUUCGAGGGCGGUUGGGUGUGGUGAGGUGCAGGAUAAGUGGGAUCCCCAUCUUUCUGUGAGUGGAACGUGCGGGGUCCGAUCUUCGGUGAUGGCUCAAGGCUCGAGAUAGAGAGAAGAAAGGACUAUCCAAUAUUUUCUCGAGAUUUGCCUCUUUCUAAAAGAAAUUGGUGAAGCUUUAUUAUUUAUUUAUCGUUAGCAAAAGUUUUAUUAUUUAUUUGUGACCCCACAAAGGUUGAUAAUGACGAACACUGUAUAUGUUUUAUCGAUAUCUUUAUUUGGCGGGUCUUGCAAGGCAAGAAUACUUUGGUUGCUCUUAGGUGGCCGGCUUUGUUGACUUGAGAAGGGAUCUUUUUUCAGCAUAUGCUCCUAACUUGAAUCUAAUUCCAAUUGAAUAUCUCCAAAAGUCGGUUAGUGGACCAAUAAAAUGUGUUUUCCUCUUCACCCGAUACAUUUGUCCUAGAAUAAAGACUUUCAAAAGAUGUUAAUGUCUUCACGGAAGUUCUCAGCUCAUUUUCAGCAAAAAUGGCGGUUCACACUAGAUUCGUGCCUUCGCUCUUGAACGUGCUCUUUGUCAUUCAAGCCCUGGAAUUCUGUCAUUCCAAAGCCUUUACGAAUGUGAGUUGCAUUGGUGCUGAGAGGGAAGCUCUUAUGAAGUUCAAGCAGGAUCUCACUGAUCUUUCAGGACGUCUGCGGUCAUGGAUUGGCGAGGGUUGUUGCAAGUGGGAAGGAGUGGAAUGCAGCGAGGAGACAGGCCACGUCUUGAAGCUUGAUCUUCGUAAUCCCUGUGAUGGUUUAGAGUGUAGCUUAGGAGGUAAGAUACAUCCCGCUCUAAACGAACUGAAGGAUUUGAAGUAUCUAGACCUUAGCUUCAAUAAUUUUUCAACCCAAAGAAUCCCAGACUUUUUAGUUUCUCUUCAGAAACUAGAAUAUCUCAACCUCUCAUCUGUGGGCUUCUACGGACAUGUUUCCAAUCAACUUAGUAAUCUUUCCAACUUACAGUACUUGGAUCUCAGUAAUUCAUGGUGGUGGCCCUCUAUUAUAAUAGAAAACCUCCUGUGGCUUUCGAAAUUUUCUAAGUUGAAGUAUUUGGACCUGUCUUAUGUUCCCCUUCCCGACUCCAAAGAAUGGUUAACUCCUAUCAACAUUUCCUCCCUAGAGUUUUUAAUAUUGAGGGGAUGUAAUUUGCAGGAUGUUUCAACCUCUUUGCAUGUCAAUUUCACUUCUCUUAGAUUCCUUGAUCUGAGUCACAACUCCAUGGAUUCAUUUGUUCCUCCUUGGUUUCAAAACUUGAGCAAACUUGAACAUCUUGAUUUAAGUUAUAAUAAUCUCCAUGGCAUAUUCCCCACUGUUAUCCUUGAAAAUAGUCGGUGGCUUAGAUUCCUUGAUGUCUCUAAGAAUAGGCUGGAGGGUGAACUUUUGAAAGACAUGAGCGAUUUCUGCAACCUGCAAGUACUAAACUUGCGUUCUAACAAAUUUAGUGGGAGGAUUUCAGACACCAAAGAUGGUGCUUUGAUUUGUGGACGAAGUCACAUGAAGACUAUUGAUGUUUCCGGCAACAAUUUCAGUGGUCACCUACCCAAUCAAUUUGAAGAUUUCAAAGAUCUCGAAUUCCUUGAUCUCUCAUGGAACUCAAUUUCAGGUCCUAUACCUGCUACUGUGGGCCAGCUAUCAUCUUUGAAAAAAUUGUACCUCUCUUCUAACAAAUUGAGUGGGAACAUUCCAGAAAGUGUUGGGCGACUAUCCAAUCUAGAGGUGAUGGACAUUCGUAAUAAUAAUUUGGAUGGAGUUGUUAGUGAACUUCACUUUGCCAAUCUCAGUAGCUUGACCGUGUUGUACUUUUAUUUGAAUGAACUAGUUAUAAAUAUUAGCGCAUCUUGGGUUCCUCCUUUCCAAAUUCAAGUGAUUUUCAUGUCCAAUUGCAAAGUGGGACCAAGAUUCCCAAGCUGGCUUCGAACGCAAAGGAACAUUUCCGUAUUAUAUAUGUCAAAUGCUAGCAUCUCAGAUGAAGUUCCCUAUUGGCUACCUGAAGUUUUAUCCAACACAAAACGAUUGGAUCUUUCGGGCAACUUGCUCAGAGGCAACAUAUCCCGAAUUAUUGGAAAAAAGAUGCCACUGUUAAGGUUAGUGUCACUUUCUGGAAAUAACCUCAGUGGUGGCAUUCCAAACUCAUUAUGCAUGUCAGAUGAAUUGUCUUUUCUUGAUCUCUCCAAGAACCAACUGUCAGGGAGACUUCCGCAAUGUUGGAGGAAGUCGCAAGCGAAUUUGGAGUGGAUUUCAUUGGGAGAAAACAAGUUAAAUGGUCAGAUUCCAUACUCCCUAUGCCAUUUGGAGCGAUUAGGAGUUCUAGGCCUACAUGAAAAUGGCUUGAAUGGAGUGCUUCCAAAAUGUUUACUAAAGCUACAUUUGGUAAACCUCGAUCUCAGUGACAAUCAAUUCACUGGUAGAAUACCUCCGUUUGGACAACAUUCUAGAUCAUUUAGGACAAUCGAUCUAGCGAGAAAUUACUUCACUGGGAACAUUCCUUUGCAGCUAUGCCAUCUUGUUAAUCUCCAGUAUUUAAACCUAGCAAAUAACAACCUAUCCGGAGGCAUUCCUCAUUGUUUCAACAACUUCACGCGGAUGUGGGCCAACUCUACUUUUACUCCGUAUGGGAGGUUCCCGUUGGGGUUUUCUAUUAUGGUUAAUAUAAAAGGAAAGAGCCUAGAAUUCACCACCACGCUCCGCUAUUUAUUUUCCAUUGACCUUUCAAGCAAUGCAUUGGAUGGACAAAUACCGAAAGGGCUGACUAGGCUGGCACGACUACAGAAUUUGAACCUCUCUCAAAAUAAGCUGAUUGGAGAAAUCCCUUUAGAUAUUGGCAACUUGAGAGAUUUAGAAUCACUGGAUCUAUCCCAUAACAAGCUAUCGGGUAAAAUCCCUCCUAUCAUAUCCAAUUUAGACUCUCUAAGUCAUUUGGAUCUUUCCUUCAACAAUUUAUUUGGUCCUAUUCCAUCGAGCAAUCAUCUAAGCACUCUGAACAAUCAAUUUGUUUAUCGUGGCAAUGAUAGACUUUGCGGAGCUCCUCUUUUGAAAGUUUGUCCUGAAUAUGAGCAUAAUGAUAUGGACAUACGAGAUAGUCACAAUAGGAGUGAAGAUGAGUCUAAAAAAGGUCAUCCAUGUAUAUGCGAGAAUGGAGUUGUCCCCGACAGAGCACUAGAUCCAGCAGUUCCAUCUCGGCUCGAACACCUCUCUGCAAUGAAUAACUUAAAGAAGAUGGCUCUGCAGGUAAUUGCUGAAAGUCUCGCCAAGGAGGAGAUUGCUGGUUUGAAAGAAAUGUUUAAAGCGAUGGAUAUUGAUAACAGUGGCGCAAUCACCUUUGAUGAACUUAAAGAUGGUUUGCGAAGAUAUGGCUCCACGAUGAAGGACACGGAGAUAUGUGAUCUCAUGGAUGCUGCAAGUACAUUGCUUGUAGGUUCUUUUGUUUUCACUUGAGACCGAGUCUUUAAAUUGCAUCCUCGGUCGACUUUUCCCAAGCUGUUCUUAAAGUUGAACAUCAACCAAACCGACCAGAUAACGAAUCCAUCUGAUGCAUAU